GGGUUUUUAAUAAUUCAUGAAUUUCUGUAUAAUAAAAUUGUUUCAAUUAAAACAUGGCUCAGAAAUACCAUCGUCAUAAAGCGUCUGCAUACACGUAGAAUUUAGGGCAAAAAUGUAAUAAGGAAAUCGGGAAGCGUGUAAGAUUUGAACGCCAAAAUCCAAGUUUCAGGCGUUUAGAUUAAAAUGACUGAUUGGUGGUGGCACUUCGCCGACCAGAGUGACUCACAUUUUAUUGUGGGCCACCAUUUUUUAUUUUUGGGUUUCGUCUUCACUCCAGUUUUUUCACAAACCAUUUCUGAAAAAUUUCUGCUCCUUAUUAAUUUAAAAUAUUUUAAUUCUUGAAGCAGCACCGUGAUGUCAAAUGCCGAUCAAUCCGUCGCUGGACCUUCUCACGCCGGAAAUAGUAGCCAGGUCAUGGCUGACACCAUCUCCCCGACCUCGACGAUAACAAGCAAAAUCAAUUCACAUCAAAAGAGAACGGAACCUGAGGAACAAUUUGUGGUGUAUUUGAGCAGUGACGACGAGGAUGAAGAGGACGAGAUCGAGGAGAAGAAAAAGAAAGUGGCUGACACACUAAUGGAAAUUAGACAUUGGGUUAAAAUAAAGAGAAAAUCCUUCGCACGAAAAACCCCUGCCGUACCGAUUUCCGAAGAGAGGUCUCCAGUUUCGGCUCGGAUUAUUGACCGCAAGUUUCACAGCCUUGUCACCGCGUUGGACGACCUUGUCGACGUUCUGGACGAGAAUAGAGGAUAUCGCCUCUGCGAGAUGAGAAGUGCCCAGCGUAAUAAACUACGAAAAGUCGCAACAGCAACAGUGCCAGAAAUAGUAGACUUCGUUCAAGACGAGGAAAGGUCGACAAUUUCGGAACCGCCAGCCACACCAAGACCGUCGACUCCAACACUGCCAGUCGCUCCUCCAAGGCCAGUCUCGAACCAAUUUGCAGCUCAGAGAAAAUCAAGGCCAACUGGGAAGCGAAUUCGGAAAUUAAACGACUCUACCAAACUCAAGUCCACCUCUGACAGAAAAAUGAGUUCUAAAACCAAACGCCACCGCUGUCACAGUUGUCACAAGACGUUCUUCCACGAAUCAGACCUGAUCCGUCACGGCUUCAUCCAUCUCACCGAAGAAGAGAAGACCGUGGUGAAGCAGAAUUGGAGACACGAGUGCUUCUUUUGCCAGAAGAGGUUCUCUUUGAAAUCUAUUUAUCAUGUUCACCUAUUCACCCACACAAAGGAAAAAUGCUUUCGUUGCGACCAGUGUGGGAAGCAGUACACGCAGAAUAAUAAUUUGAAGGUGCAUAAGCGCAACCACAGCGCUAACCCAAGACCAUUCAAUUGCGAAGAAUGUGGCAAAGCGUUGUCAUCCAAGCAUGCUCUGUUCCUCCACAAAAAAAUGGUCCAUCAGAAGCUAAAGGACGUCGACUGUCCUCGGUGCCCCAAGAAGUUCAGUACCAAGGGGGAAAUGGUCAAACAUAUGAACGGCGUGCAUCUCAAAAUUCCACGCCUCUGCCCCCACUGCAACAAGUCAUUCACAUAUAAAGGGGGUCUUCUAACACAUGUGAAGAAGGUUCAUCCUUCAGAAUCCCUUUCUUCUCUUGCUAAAUGAAACUGCAUCAACGGAGUUUUCAACCGUUUUAAAUUAUACAGAUUAGUUUUUAUUUUCUAAUAAAUAAAUAUUUAAAUUAAAUAUAAUUUUAAAUAAUGAAAUGAUACAAUAGAAUGAAAUGCGUUCUUCUCACAGAAUUUGUAUUACAAUUGCCAAUAAUAAAACCAAUAAACAGAACACAGUUCUUGAUCGUGGAUAAUUUUUAUUAAUAUUAAAAAUCUCUCGCAAUGCGGGGACUUUUUAUUUUCAUAAAACCGUAGCUUUAGAUUCGUGGCGAUGAAAUAUUUUCUGUUGGCUGCCGAAUUCCUUGUCUGAUUAAAAAAAAUUUUAUAGAUUUCCGACUUUUUCUUUCCAUGUAAAAAGCUACACAUACAAAAUAAAUGCAAGUUUACACACAAAAGAUAAAAAUAUUGCUGU